AUGGAGGCCUCCAAGGAGACCUCCAGGUCUCUCUUAGCCACAACCGAGCUGCUGCAGGAGGUGCUGAGCACUACUGAGGCGCUGGCGCGGUGCAGCGCCACGGGGCCCUGGCGCGACGGCCACGCGACAGCCCUGUGCGCGGUGGCCGUGACAGCAGACAAGUUUACAAUCACCGAGGACGACAUUGCUGCGCUCUUUAAGGGCGUGCGCGCGUCCAUGCGGCGGCUGCAGCGGGGCCGGGCUGGCGGCGCCGCCGAGCAGCCAACGUCAAUCGUUCCACUGAUCCUGGUCCGCGCACCCAUCGCAACGACCCUGGCCCUGAAGGCACCAGGGGUUGCAGACAUCGUCGGCUGCAAGACUUACGCCGGCCUCGACGCCGCCACCACCGUAUCGCUGGACACCGCCGCCGUGGAGUUCGCGGGAUAUGAUGCCGAGAAGCUUCAGCGCGUUGUGGCCGUCGUCGCGGGGCGCCUGCAGGCGCGCCUGACCAUUGAGGUGCACGAGGCAUCACUUGACGCCGUCACCAGCACCAAGGCAGCCGCCGUCGCCGGCUUUGCCAACCUGCGGGGCGGCCCCGGGCGGCGGUCUGCGGCCAAGAAUGCCCAGUCCAGAGCGCUGGUGGAGCGCACUGUGGCAGGAAUGGAGGAGUCGGCGAUCAAGGCGGAGCGCUGGGCGCGCCGCGAGGCGGCGUCUUUCCGCCACCGCGUGGCGCCGCUGCUUGAGGAAGGGGCGCUCAAGGCCCUGCCCCUGCAGCGCGUGGUGGCGCUGUCCGUGGCUGCCCAGAAGGCCGCCACCAGCCUGGCCAAGGAGAUGGCUAGGCACACUGGCAGGUGCCGCGCCGCCACCGGCUUCCUCCGCGCCAAGUGA